UGGAAUUUAAUAUCGGGGAGGAUGCUUCUAGAAUGAAGCCAAAGAAGAAAUACCAUAAGAAGUAAGCUCUCAGAGCUGGAUUUCCCACUCAUUUCUUACAUACUCAAACCUCCUGUGUCGUUAUAGCAUCUCAAUGAUAAAUGAUCUAAAUAUUUCAAGAGAGUUUUCAAUGAAAGACAGCAGCUCGAGUUUUUGGAGAAGUCCUCAGAACACUCCGAGGAAGUUUAAACAUAAGUUUAUCAUAAAAAGUCCGAAGGACUCUGAGCGUGAUAUUGAUAAGGCUCACUAUAUUACAAGUAUGGGGAGAGACUCCAGAACUAUUGAAAUCAAGUCUCGGAAUGGAUCUAUAAAAUCAAAAAGGAUACAUCAGGAGAUUCAGAAGGAGGAUAAGAGCAUCAGCAUGACACCGAGUUCAUAUCCAAUUAAGGUAGAUGAGUCAAUCCAAAAUACUACCAUCAGCAACUUCAUGGAUAAAGAAGAGUUUGGCUUAUGAAGCAUUGAGUUGAAAUAAGAACUCGCUAGCAAAUUGUCUCUCUAUAGGGGUGAGUUACCAAUCUCCAAGAGUCAUAAUAGAGCGAUCCAAAAAUGUCUUGAAAGGCAGGAGUAACAAAUUCAGACCUGUGGAGAGUAUUGGAAACAUUCAGAAACUCCAUGAAUUCCUUCAAAGGAAAUAAGUCGAUGGAGAUGCCCAAGAAGGUCAGGCCAAUAUUUAAGUAUAAAUUCGAUAUCCAAAAAGUUAACGAUCAGGUUAAAAAGAUCAAGGAAAAUUACAUCAGAAGAAACCAAGCCAGAAUUUCACCUAGGGAAACUAGCCUCGUUGAGGACCAAGAUGUCCGAAAUUGUAGUUACCAUUUGAGAAAACCAAAUUUAUUCAGCAAAAUAGUUCUACCUCCUCAAAAGGCUAAUGCAAAUUUGGGCCAACUUCGAGUGACGCCAAAGCAUAGCUUUCGGUAUGCCAAUUCUCAGACUCUGCAUAAACGAAACUAUACCAGGCACUUAUUUCAGACCCAGUUUACUCGAGGGCAUAAUAGAAGUCUUAACUUUUCAGAGAAAGAUCAAAGUAUUCAGACAAGUCUAAGAGAUCUGAACGAGUCCCAGCUCUAUGGAACCGUCAGAGUGACUAAUCCAAAGCUAAGCCAAAGGAUGCAUUCGCAGUUUAAGAAUGCUCAGUAUUCGGGAAGGAGUAGUGUGGCAACCUGAAAAUUAAUAUAA